AUGUCUGCUUCACCAAUCUUCUCUCCUUUCAUCCCUCCUCCUCCUGACAGCCCUCUCGACUGCGAGUUAUGCGCCGCGGGGGACUCCGUCGACUCUAUACCCAUCGCAGAGCUAUCCCUGUUGGACAAAACACUGCAACUCACAGCAGAACCAGAAGACGUUCGACACGAACUUGCAGAGAAAGUCGCAAAAUAUUUUUCCGCAUCCCUCCGCGCGAUGAAUAUCCCAUACGAAUGGGAAAACCUCUCCGGGCUUGUCGAACAUCUCAUGGUCCGCUCUGGUAUGGGUCGCGCCGCCGUCUUUGCCGCCUUAUAUCUCCUCUGGCGCCUCAGAAAUCUGCCUCGUUUCGAAUGGCAGUCGGACCCGGACGCCGCCUAUCUCUUCACUGCCGUUGUCUUCAUGCUAGCAGAAAAGCAACGAGAGGACAAUCCCUACGAGAACUGUUCCUGGCUCGUGAUGUUCAACAACUUCCUCGAAAAAGUUGGACUAUUUCGGCCAGAGGCAGCCCAUACAGCUGUGGAACUCACCUGUAUAGAGGUGGAGCUCUUACAGUAUCUGGACUAUAAUCUGGACGUCAUGUUCGCCUUGCCGAUCUUCCAAGAAUUCAAACGAGCGUUAAAAUCAGAUACUCUGUCUUUACUGAAAGUCUCCUUCCCUGAGGACCUUCCCGCCUCUUCGCUUCCCGACUUACCCUGUCCAUUUCCUGUGUCACCACCUCGAAGAAAUCCUCCUGCAAAUCGCACCAACGACUGCUCUUGCACUUCUGUCAGACAAGCCCCGCACAUUCUACUUUACUCGCUGUCUCUAGACCCCUACUAUUCCCAUCCUACUCUUCCAGUGUCUCUCCCCUCUCCUGAAUCAUCAUAUGCCUCAUCUUCCUCUUCCUCUGCAUUCUCCUCCUCCUCUUCCUCGUGCACAGGCUCCCACGUCAUCAUCGUGAGCACUGCCAUCCCUUGGGAACCGACCAAAAUCUAUCAAAGUUGA